AUGGAGGUCCUGCAGCUCCUGCGCCUGCUCCUCACCACCAGCAUGCUGCGCCUCUCCCAGGCGGUGAAUCCAUUCGUGGCCCAGCAGACCCCCCCGGACCCCUGCUACGAUGAGAGCGGAGCUCCUCGCCGCUGCAUCCCCGAGUUCGUCAACGCAGCCUUCGGGAAGGAGGUGCACGCCUCUAGCACCUGCGGGAAGCCUCCGACGCGGCACUGCAAUGCCUCCGACCCCCGCAAAGCCCACCCGCCCGCCUACCUGACCGACCUCAACACCGCCUCCAACAUGACGUGCUGGCGCUCGGAGACCCUGCACCACUCACCCCACAACGUCACCCUCACCCUCUCCCUCGGCAAGAAGUUCGAGGUGGUCUACGUCAGCCUCCAGUUCUGCUCGCCCCGUCCCGAGUCCACCGCCAUCUUCAAGUCCAUGGACUACGGCAAGACGUGGGUGCCCUACCAGUACUACUCCUCCCAGUGCCGCAAGAUCUACGGCAAGCCCAGCAAAGCCACCGUCACCAAGCAGAACGAGCAGGAGGCCCUCUGCACCGACGGCCUCACCGACCUCUACCCGCUCACCGGGGGCCUCAUCGCCUUCAGCACCCUCGACGGGCGGCCCUCCGCCCAGGACUUCGACAGCAGCCCCGUGCUGCAGGACUGGGUGACGGCCACCGACAUCAGGGUGGUUUUCAGCCGCCCCCACCAGUUCCGGGAGCUGGGGGGCCGCGAGGCUGGCGAGGAGGAGGGGGGCACUGGCGCGGCCCCCUACUACUACGCGGUGGGCGAGCUGCAGGUCGGCGGGCGCUGCAAGUGCAACGGGCACGCCUCGCGCUGCGUCAAGGACAAGGAGCAGAAGCUGGUGUGCGACUGCAAGCACAACACGGAGGGGCCUGAGUGCGACCGCUGCAAGCCCUUCCACUACGACCGGCCCUGGCAGCGGGCCAGCGCCCGCGAGGCCAACGAGUGUCUGGCCUGCAACUGCAACCUGCACGCGCGGCGCUGCCGCUUCAACAUGGAGCUGUACAAGCUGUCGGGCAGGAAGAGCGGAGGGGUCUGCCUCAACUGCCGGCACAACACCGCGGGGCGCCACUGCCACUACUGCAAGGAGGGCUUCUACCGCGACCUCAGCAAGUCCAUCACGGACCGCAAGGCCUGCAAAGCCUGUGACUGCCACCCGGUCGGUGCCGCUGGCAAGACCUGCAACCAGACGACGGGGCAGUGCCCGUGCAAGGAUGGCGUGACCGGCCUCACCUGCAACCGCUGCGCCAAGGGCUUCCAGCAGAGCCGCUCGCCCGUGGCCCCCUGCAUCAAGAUCCCUGCCAUCAACCCAACCUCCCUGGUAACCAGCACAGAGGCACCUGCGGACUGCGACUCCUACUGCAAACCAGCCAAAGGCAACUACAAGAUUAACAUGAAGAAGUACUGCAAGAAGGAUUACGUGGUCCAAGUGAACAUCUUGGAGAUGGAGACGGUGGCCAACUGGGCCAAGUUCACCAUCAACAUCCUCUCUGUCUACAAGUGCCGCGAUGAGCGGGUCAAGCGCGGCGACAACUUCCUGUGGAUCCACCUGAAGGACCUGUCCUGCAAGUGCCCCAAGAUCCAGAUCAGUAAGAAGUACCUGGUCAUGGGGAUCAGUGAAAACUCCACCGACCGGCCAGGACUGAUGGCCGACAAGAACAGCCUGGUCAUCCAGUGGCGGGACGCCUGGACCCGCCGCCUUCGGAAACUGCAGCGACGGGAGAAGAAAGGGAAGUGCGUGAAGCCCUGA